GACAGAGAGGGGGAGAGAAAGACAGACACCUGCACACCUGCUUCAGCGACUCCAGUACAGUUCUCCAUUACAGUUACUCCUUGGCAGUCUCUCCCUUAUUACUGGUUUAGCUGACGUGGGUUGAGCUCCUGCUGCUGCUGAGCCUGGAGAUGUUCUUCAGAGCUGCUUGGAACUUGGUGUGGAAGAAAGGAGAACUUGGAAUGCGAGGGGUACACAGUUCAGAAGGCACUGCCCACAGCAAGAGGAAGAUGCCUCCUUACACCAACUACCAUGCCCAGCGCUCCUACCCCAUGCCAGAGGCUCCCUUCUGCACAGAGCUCAACACUGAACAGCGGGCCCUGAAAGAAAAGGAGAAAGGAAGCUGGACCCAGCUGAGCCAUGCUGAGAAGGUGGCCUUGUACCGGAUCCAAUUCCAUGAGACCUUUGCUGAGAUGAACCACCGCUCCAAUGAGUGGAAGACUGUGAUGGGAGGUGUCUUCUUCUUCUUGGGAUUUACAGCUCUGCUGAUCUGGUGGCAGCGGAUCUACGUGACCCCCCUGCAGGGCAGCCGGGGCUUGAACAGAGAUCCUUACACCCAUCACUGCACUUCAUGCCGUGUGUGCUUAACCUGGUGUGCUCCUGCCUGGCCCCCAAAAGGACCUAUUUCAUGCAGUCUUCCCUAAGAAGCCCAUCACACUGACGGACGAGUGGAAGGCCCAGCAGCUCCAGCGCAUCUUGGAUAUGAAGGCCAACCCUGUGCAAGGCCUGUCCUCCCGCUGGGACUAUGAGAAGAAGGAGUGGAAGAAGUGACACAACAUCCCUGCAGCCCCACCCUGGCCCAGAGCCUGUGGAGGCCACUCCUCUCUCCUUAACCCCAUUAAAGUUGGUUCAUUCUCUUCUGCCUUCAA